AUGCGUUGGUCUAAGCCCGCCACCCCGACCACGCCAGUGACUCCAUGGCCCCCGCACCCUCCCCCGGGGGAGACGGAGCUUGAGCGCGCCGUGCGGCUGGAGGAAGAGAAGGAGGCGAGGAGGAAGUCGGACGUUAUCGACAGGGAGAUAGAGCUGGAGCGCGUAGAGCAGCGCAAGCACAAGAACUGCACGAGAGUGCUGUUGCUCGGCCAGGCCGAGUCGGGCAAGUCCACGAUGCUGAAGAACUUCCAGCUGUACUUCGCGCCCGGGGCCUUCCACGCCGAGGCGGACGCGUGGCGCGCAGUCAUCCAUCUCAAUCUCGUCCGCUCCGUGAACUUCAUCCUCGACCUGCUGCCCGGCGGCCCGUCGUCGCUGCUGUUCGAGGCCAGCCACCCGCGGCACUUCUCCGACAAGCCGCUGGUCGAUGGUGGGUACUUGCGGCAUUUCCGCAUGCGCCUGUCUCCUCUCCGCCAGGUGGAGCUCAUCCUGGUGCAACGCCUGAGCGCCGACGACCCUUCGCGCGCAGCGGCCAACGUCGAGGAGGCUAUCCCAUGGUACUACGGGCGUGCCUCCGAAGUCUCCAUACGCGGUGGCUCGGGGUGGAAGGCGCUCCUGCGCCGGAAGCGGAACGCGACGCAGGUAGGUGCCCGUCCGGACGACCUGGACAAGGCGAGGCAGAUUCUGCAUGCCUGCCGACAAGAUAUCGCCGAGCUCUGGGAACAUGCCGACGUGCAGCGUGGAUUGGAGGCGGAAGACGUGGUGCUGAGAGACCAGUCCGGAUUUUUCCUCGACGAAGCGCUCCGAGUUGCAUCCGCCGACUAUGAACCAACACCCCAGGACAUCCUUCGCGCUCGCCUCCAGACGAUCGGCGUCGAGCAACACACCAUCUCAGUGGAAAGAUUCGGCCAGCCCAGUCACCGAUGGCUCUUCUACGACGUCGGUGGUGCGAAAGGCCAGAGAGCCUCAUGGGUCCCAUUCUUCGAUGACGUGGACGCUAUCCUCUUCCUAUGUCCUAUGUCUGCGUUCAACGAGGUCCUCUUGGAAGAUCGCAGGAUGAACAGGCUGCUCGACUCCUUCAAUCUCUGGAAGACAAUAUGCAUGAGCCGGCUCUUGAAAGGGACGACGUUCAUCCUGCUCCUGAACAAGAGCGACAUCCUGCAGAGCAAGCUCGAGGCGGGCAGCUACAAGGACGGCCCCAACGACCCCGACCACGUCUCCGAAUACCUGAAGCGCAAGUUCGUCGCCAUGUGCAAGCACAACUCCGCCCGGGAGCGCCAGCUGCACGUCCACGUAACCUGUGCCACCGAUGCCAUCGUCGUGAACAACCUCAGGUCCAGCGACUACAUCUAG